AUGGAUCCCAUCGCUGAGAAUUCGUCAAACACCUUGGUGGGCGGCGGAGUUGUGAAGCUUGACCCCUGGCUGGCGCCUUUCCAGGACUCGCUAAAGCGACGCUUUAGCAAAGCCCAAGAGUGGAUCAAGCGAAUCGAGGACACGGAGGGCGGUUUAGACAAGUUCAGCAAGGGAUCGGAACUCUUUGGGCUGCAAGUGAAGGGAGAUGGAAGCAUUGCCUACAGGGAGUGGGCUCCCAACGCCGUCAAGGCUUCCCUUAUUGGCGACUUCAACAAAUGGGACAAGAACACCCAUCCCAUGAAGAAGAACGAAUACGGCGUUUUUGAGAUUACCGUUCCUCCAACAGCCGACGGCAAGCCGGCCAUCCCCCACAACUCGAAGAUCAAGAUUACCCUCGAACUGCCCACGGCAGAAUGGGUCGACAGGCUGCCCGCCUGGAUUAACUAUGUCACGCAGGACAUCUCUGUCUCUCCCGCGUACGACGCCCGCUUCUGGAACCCGCCGGCCGCGGACCGCUACUCCUUCAAGCACACGAGGCCGCAGAAGCCGGCCAGCCUGCGCAUCUACGAGGCCCACGUCGGCAUCUCGUCCCCGGAGCUGCGCGUCACCACCUACAAGGAGUUCACCAAGAACAUGCUCCCGCGCAUCAAGAGCCUGGGAUACAACGCCAUCCAGCUCAUGGCCAUCAUGGAGCACGCGUACUAUGCCAGCUUCGGCUACCAGGUGAACAACUUCUUCGCCGCCAGCAGCCGCUACGGCGAGCCCGAGGACCUGAAGGAGUUGGUGGAUGUGGCGCACAGCCUCGGCUUGGUGGUUCUACUUGACGUGGUGCACAGCCAUGCGUCCAAGAACGUGCUGGAUGGGCUGAAUGAGUUCGACGGGAGUGAUCAUCAGUACUUCCACGCGGGUGCCAAGGGAAGACACGAGCUCUGGGAUAGCCGGCUGUUCAACUAUGGCCACCACGAGGUUAUGCGUUUCUUGCUGAGCAACCUGCGGUUCUGGAUGGACGAGUACCAAUUCGACGGCUUUCGGUUUGAUGGUGUCACCAGCAUGCUUUACACGCACCACGGCAUUGGAACCGGCUUCUCCGGCGGGUACCACGAGUACUUCGGUGCUGGCGUCGACGAGGAGGCGGUGGUUUACCUCAUGAUCGCCAACGAGAUGCUCCAUGAGCUGUACCCAGAUGUCAUCACUGUGGCCGAGGAUGUCUCAGGAAUGCCGGCGCUGUGCCUGCCGCUGUCUCUGGGUGGCGUUGGGUUCGAUUACAGACUGGCCAUGGCCAUCCCCGACAUGUGGAUCAAGAUCCUGAAGGAAAAGAAGGACGAGGACUGGGAUAUCGGCAAUAUUUGCUUUACGCUGACCAACCGUCGUCACGGAGAGAAGACGAUCGCUUACGCCGAGAGCCACGACCAGGCUCUGGUCGGCGACAAGUCGCUCAUGAUGCAUCUCUGCGACGCCGAGCUCUACACGAACAUGUCGACCCUCGCACCCCUAACCCCCGUCAUCGACCGCGGCAUGGCCCUGCACAAGAUGAUUCGGCUCCUGACGCACGGCCUAGGAGGCGAGGGUUGGCUCAACUUCGAGGGUAACGAGUUUGGCCACCCGGAGUGGCUCGACUUCCCGCGCGAGGGCAACCAGAACUCGUUCUGGUACGCUCGCCGGCAGCUGAACCUAACUGAAGACACCCUCCUGCGCUACCAGUUCCUCAACAACUUUGACCGCUCCAUGAACGUCUGCGAGGGCAAGUACGGCUGGCUGCAUGCGGCCCAGGCCUUCAUCUCGCUCAAGCACGAGGGCGACAAGGUUAUUGUUUUUGAGCGGGGCGGGCUGGUGUUUGUCUUCAACUUCCACCCCACCCAGAGCUUUACCGAUUACCGCAUUGGCAUCGAGGCUGCCGGCACCUACCGGAUCGUGCUGGAUUCGGACACCAAGGACCAUGGCGGCUUCUGUCGCCUGGACGAGGGCACUCGUUUCUUUACGCAGCCGCUCGACGGCAUUUCCGCCUUUGCCCGGACAGCCCGUCCGUCGUUCGCCGCGGCGACUCGUCGCGCCGUUCGCCCGGCCAGCCUCAACUUCCGGGCCCCCGCCCUCAGCAGGUUCGCCAGCACGGCCGGUGUUGGUGAUGGCAAGAUCUACCAGGUCAUCGUCAAGUUCGAUACCGACAAGCUCCCCCCCAUUCUCAACGCCCUUGAGACCACCAACAAUGGCCAGAAGCUCGUUCUCGAGGUCUCGCAACAUCUCGGCGAGAACGUCGUGAGGUGCAUUGCCAUGGACGGUACUGAGGGUCUGGUUCGUGGUGCCAAGGCUGCUGAUACUGGUGCUCCCAUCACCAUCCCUGUCGGCCCCGCCACUCUCGGCCGUAUCAUGAACGUCACCGGUGACCCGAUCGACGAGCGUGGGCCCAUCAAGACUGACAAGUUCCUGCCCAUUCACGCCGAGGCUCCCGAGUUCGUUGACCAGUCGACGACUGCCGAGAUUCUGGUGACGGGUAUCAAGGUCGUGGAUCUGCUCGCCCCCUACGCUCGUGGUGGAAAGAUUGGUCUCUUCGGUGGUGCCGGUGUCGGCAAGACCGUCUUCAUUCAGGAGCUUAUCAACAACAUCGCCAAGGCCCACGGUGGUUACUCCGUCUUCACCGGUGUCGGCGAGCGUACCCGUGAGGGUAACGAUCUGUACCACGAAAUGCAGGAGACCUCCGUCAUUCAGCUCGACGGCGAGUCCAAGGUCGCCCUCGUGUUCGGUCAGAUGAACGAGCCCCCCGGAGCCCGUGCCCGUGUCGCCCUUACCGGUGUAAUGCUUCUCUUCAUCGACAACAUUUUCCGUUUCACCCAGGCCGGUUCCGAGGUGUCUGCCCUUUUGGGUCGUAUCCCCUCUGCCGUCGGUUACCAACCCACUCUCGCCGUCGACAUGGGUGGUAUGCAAGAGCGUAUUACCACCACCAAGAAGGGCUCCAUUACCUCCGUCCAGGCCGUCUACGUCCCCGCUGACGAUUUGACUGAUCCUGCCCCCGCCACCACCUUCGCCCAUUUGGACGCCACCACUGUCUUGUCCCGUGGUAUCUCCGAGUUGGGUAUCUACCCCGCCGUCGACCCCCUCGACUCCAAGUCUCGUAUGCUCGACCCCCGUAUUGUCGGCCAAGAGCACUACGACAUCGCCUCGCGCGUCCAGCAGAUCCUCCAGGAGUACAAGUCGCUGCAGGACAUCAUUGCCAUUCUCGGUAUGGACGAACUGUCGGAAGCCGACAAGCUUACCGUCGAGCGCGCCCGUAAGAUCCAGCGUUUCCUGAGCCAGCCCUUCACUGUCGCCCAGGUCUUCACUGGUAUCGAGGGCAAGCUCGUCGACCUCAAGGACACGAUCAACUCGUUCAAGUCCAUCCUGGCCGGUGAGGGUGACGACCUUCCCGAGGGUGCUUUCUACAUGGUUGGUGACUUUGCGUCGGCGCGGGAGAAGGGUGAGAAGAUUCUGGCUGAGCUCGAGCAGAGCGCUUAA